CAGGCACUGACCGAAGAUCAGAUACUGGACUGUAGCUCUAUUGAGUUUCCCCUCCCCUGAAGUAGGAUAGGAAGUUGGUCUGAUUCUGGCAGGUGCGGGAAUUUGUGGGUUUGAUGUCUUUUCCUGUGGCAGAAUUGAGUAAUUUCUUCCAGUGUAUCAGAAAGUGUACCUUUGUCUCCAGUUUUUCAUGCUCUCUGUGUCACUCAGUUUCUAUGGGCAGGCUGUGGUCACUGAGGCUGGCCUCCGUCAGGGUCUGUUUCACCGUGCGGUCACUCACCUGUCCAGCGUGCACUGUCCUUUUAGGAUCAAGUCACGUUUGUGUUGUGCUGUUUGUGUGUGUGCGUCCCCCAGGGGAUGAGGUCUUUGCACUGCGAUUGGGCUGACUCUGAUCUGGGGUGUUUUAGCUGUGCUGCCCCGAGGUUGGAUAGUGUCGGUGUGAUUCAGGACUGGCAGGCUGAGAGCACUCAUUUCUUUUGUUCGCAAGCCGGUGGUAAAGUCAAUGAGGUCGAUAAAUUCGCACCCAGAACAUCGGCAGCGCGACGUCUGCAUCUGAUCUUUUUUAUAUCGACAGCACGUCUUCAAAAAACAGACGAACGAGAGCUGUGUAUACGUAAACGUGACGGUGACUGUGGCUAACGUUCCCAAAGUCCCAAUCGGAAUGGAAGUUGCAUCCUGUCUAGGACACUACAGCGCUAACAUUAAAUAGGCAUAAAAAGUAGAGAAAACUACAACUCCCAAGGAGCCACCGCGCGUCACUGACGGAGAAAAACAAAUCGCAUCGCCCAUGAAAGGACAGAGCAGAAGAGUUCCGUGUCUCCAACUUUGACGACAGGCCACGGCAGUGAGUAACAAGGGAGCUUUAACAGAAGCAGAAGACACUAGGCGCAGGUGACACUGCACAGGACAGUGACCAGCUGGGAACAGGAGCAGAGAUGUGAAUUCACAGUCUCCCAGCUCUCACACAGAGUCAAAGAGUGUAGGGAGCAAUGCCACUGUUGGAGACCGAGUUAAAGAAACGUACUAAUUCUGUGACCUCCGUGUUGCUGCCUGUUUUUGCCCAAUGAUAUUGAAGGAGGAGCCCGAGGAUUAGAAUGAUCAGAAAUCAGGAGGAAGACGAGUUCAUCGCUGUGAGGGUCCAGGAUCCAAAAAUACAGAACGAGGGAUCCUGGAACUCCUAUGUGGACUUCAAAAUAUUCCUCCACACCAACAGCAAGGCCUUCACCGCCAAGACCUCCUGUGUGCGCCGGCGAUACAGCGAGUUUGUGUGGCUGAAGAAGAAACUCCAGAAGAAUGCCGGAUUAGUGCCGGUGCCCGAGCUGCCCGUGAAAACGCCCUUCUUCACCCUCGGCGACGAGGACUUCAUCGAGAAGAGGAGGCAGGGCCUGCAGCACUUCCUGGACAGGGUCCUGCACAUGACGGUGUUCCUGUCGGACAGCCAGCUGCACCUGUUCCUGCAGACACAGCUGGCCCCAGCUGACAUCGAGGCCUGCGUGCAGGGCCACGCCCACUACACGGUGACGGACGCCAUCCUCGGCUACGCCUCCUCCAAUCAGGGCUGGGCUCAGGAGGAGGAGGGCAGGACCCAGGAGCCCGGCCUUCUUCCUGUGCCAUACGAAUGGGCAGGAAGCUCUGAGGGGGGCACCCCUGCGGACGACGCCCCCGGCCGAGCGGAGGGCGGGGUCUGACCGCGCGGCCCCGAGAGCACCACUGGGGAAGAAAAUCGGGACGCAGACCGGGUCGACUCGAUCGGCAGCUCUGAAGGGGGAUUUCGCUACCCUUGCGGGGGACAGAUGAGAGCCGGGACCGGACCGGACUGGACCGGACCAGUCCGUCUCUGCAGCGCCGCACGGAUCCAGAACUCCCCCCUCCUAGUGGCCUGCCCCUCUGAACCGAGAAGGGGCUGACAGUGAGAACUGAAAAACAAACCAUUUACAGGGGAUAGUCUGGUCUUUAGGUGUCUAGGGUUUGGAUUAAUGGGAGUUUUAAGGGAAUCAAAGCUGUAUGCUGCCCAACAAGUAGGAAGAACAACUCAAGGGACCUAUUUCCAGGGCCCUGCGUCUCUGGAGACUUACAAAACCGCCUAGACCUUCUACAGUUAAGCUUUAGAAAAACACUUGGUUUUUCGUUUUUUGAAGGCAGGAGUGAUACAAAUUAUUCCCUCCCCCCACCACCACCUGAUUCAUGGGAAACCUUGUGUGAAACAUCUUAGGCACUGAUACCUUAGUAGGUGGCAGGUAACAGUUGACUUUCAACUCUGUCAUGGGGUCGGAUGUUUUGUUUUGGAUAUUCAGAUCUGCAGAGCAAAUGUUGAGUUACAAGGAGCCGAAGACUCCUGUGAAGUUUUUCAGACCCAAAGGCAGGUGGAUCCAGUUCAGGGUACAGCCAGCUUCACGAUAGGAUGUGCUGUAUUUUCAAUACAUUAAUGAAGGGAUGAAGGAAUUGGGAUCAGACCCACACAGUUCCCAGUUCGGCCUCUUGCUCUCUGUGCAUGACAGUGCGCCGCAGUGGUCAUGCUGUCGGACGAGAUGUGAAACUGAUCUGUUGUCAGUGACUGUGCAUCAGCAGUUUGUGAUUCACAGGUCCAGCCCCUAGCUUGUGGAAGUCAUUGGGGAUGAGUAACCAAUGGUUUUCCACACGUCAUACUGCAUACAUACAGCAGUAGGUUCUCUCCAGGCUGGCAGAAACAGUCCCAGUUUAUCUGAAAUAUUUUUUUUACGUUUUCCUAAAUUUGGGGUUUUUCAUUGGUAAGGUAGAGUCCAGCUUUAGACCUUCUGGUAGAUUUCACAGGGAAUAGAAAAAAAUCUGAUAAUUCCUCUGCUAAUAGAACAGGGGAAGAACUUUAAACAUUAAAUAAAAGUUUGCACAUUCGAGACGGACAUUUUCUUCUCCUCAGUAGCAGCUCAAUUCAACUUCCCUUUACCAACAACAAAUGAAGCAGAAUUUGUUCCUGUUUCUGGAGUCUUUCAUUCUCAGUCCAGUUGGAGUGAGGACCGCUGGGACAGAGCAGUGUCCCUUAGUCCAACAUCUGAGGGCUUUAAGCACCAGCCAUGACACUAAACCACAGCCUGCUGUUUGAGCUCUCUCGUUUGUCACAAACAGUUGAAUUGUAUUAUAUGUCUACAUUGGCAUUUUUAAAGCUUGCUUGGAGAUAAAUGUAGUUUGCCUGCACUGAUAUACUCCAUGUUAUACACAGGAAAGGCAGCUUAACUGUAGCUGGAUGAUGGUAGUUUUGUAAAACGUGAUUGAACUGUUUCAGAGGAAUGGCACGACACAGACUUCAAGUCUCUGUUCAACUUCAGACCACGUGACAGCACACAGGAGUGUGGCUUCAGAGCUGUUUCUCUUUCAGCCCUUUCGGAAAAGGGACUUACUGUACACUUACUUGUGGGGAGAGCUUUGAGAUCACCGCUGUCCGGCAUCAUGAGCGCUGUUGUCACAGGUGAGGUGGCCUUUGGAAAAAUGUUUCCAAGUGGUGGCGCCAGUUUCCCAGAUGAUGGCCGCGAUUUCUGACCGGGGCUGAAUUUCAGGUGCUCCAACGACUACACGCAAGUUGCGGAGUUUGGUUUCCGGAGUCUUUCAGGGCGAUUCUAAUGCGACCCUGCUGGUGGCGCAGCCUGUUGAGGCGCUUGACUUCUUUAUCAUGUAACAGCUAAAGAGAGAGGUUUUCAGGCACAAGAUGAACAGCUCGUUAGUGCAUUCUGGCCUGGGGUGGGGGGGGGGACGUGCACGUCGGCAGGGGGGUCGUUUUUCUUCCGUGGGCAGGGACGGGCGAGAGGAAGGAACAGCACGUCAGGCUUCAUUAGCGGCCCAGGGCCUAUUUCGGUUCUCUCAUUUUUCACGACGGUGGGAGCUGGUCUAACGGCGCAGCGCAAACAGAGGUGACUUUGCAAAGGGAAAGGGGAGCGUUGCCGCGCGAGGAAGGAAAACGCUCUCUUUGUGCACUUUGCUGUACCGUGGCGUGAGCCUGUAUAUCCAGCAUGUGCCGCUGUGUUCAAAAGUUUGGGCACCCCUGGUCACAAAGUGAAAAGAAGUUAACGCAACCUCUGCAGGGUCCAAACUUAAACAUGACAGAUUUCUGCACCUUUUGAAUGCACAAUUACCCUUUAUCUGUGGAAUUUAACAGAUUGAAUACAGCUGUACAGUACACCUAGCUUUGACAGUACAGGGUGCUAUCUCCUGUACCGCACACAAGUUUAUUUACUUACCCCAAGAAGCAGUUUGGCAGUGUGCUCUUGGCAGGGGAUCCUUGUUCUAGCGUUAAGAAAACGCCCUUCUUGUGAAGGAGCUCUGGAGCAGCAGGGUCUGACUCCAGUCCUGGGAGCUGCAGACCAGGUAGGUUCACAGGUAGCUUUGAAACAUCAGUGUGCAGGGUUCCAGACAGGCUGCUGACUCCUCCUAAUUAAGCGGCUACUCGUCAGGAUGUCUGCCUGAGACAGGGACGAGCGGGGUGGGGCUUCGGAAAGAAAAGCACAAGACCGGGGCUGGACUCUCCCACCAAAGUGAAUAGAGGCAGAGGGUGACCAGGACUGAGGUUUGCGACAGUGUGAGCCCUAGAACUGGGGCUGGGAUUAGUACUUCCUCUGAGAUGCACCUCCUGCCUGUCAGCAAGUAUGAGUUUUCAAAUUCUAAAGCAACCUUUCAUUACAGCUUACAGCUGGGUGCUUUGUCAGAUAAAGGUGCCAUGGUGAUUCUAGCAACUUGUGUAUGUACUUGUGCAAAGAGUUGUGUAUUGCCUUUACAGUGGAUUCAUUUUUAGGACAGAAAGUUGUAUUUUAGAUGUAGGCAUGCACAGAUGUUUGUUUUAACUGAAUUCUCCUGACUGCGCAGUGUGUGUGAAUCUCCCAUGGGCACAGCUACUGAUGGGAGCGCGGGGUGACUCUUGGCACUGCCUGUGCCACCUUGUUCCCCACUGAGCGCACAGAGGGGGAGCGGCAAGUCCAGGGGAGUAUCGGCUGCCGCUGUGAAAACAGAAGUGCAGGAAAUGAUGAUUUUCACAGGCGCCACCCUAGUUAAGUCCUCAGGCCAUGAGUGAGAAACACUAAAAAGUGUUAGAAAAAAGAGCACCCCAUUCUGAACACCCAUCUGAGGACUCAUACAGUGGCAAUCUCGGUAUCCAGUUUACCGAACACCUUUUUUUGCACUGAAGUGUUUCUUAACCUCACUGAUGCUCAGUAGCUGUCUUAUGUAGCUUUGCAGAGCUGUUGUUCAGAACUGUACAGACCCACUGUUUGUAACUCAACAGUGCCAGAUUGGUGGUGUCUAGAGAAUCAAAUAAUGAAAUAACUUUUCUUCAGCUGACUUCGAGAGCAUCGAGGCCCGAGUUGAAGCCCUGCUUGUCUCCUUGGGCAUUGUUGAAUAUUAAUUUGAAUUUUGUGAGAAGCGGCCCUCGUGAAUUUUACAGCUCUGCCGCAGGGAGUCUGAAGCUGUGCUCCUGGAGAAGCAGGCGCGAGCUGCAGGUUGUGCUGAUGUUUGAGAAUGCGUGCAGAGAGCAAUGUGGGACAGGCGCCUGACUGGGAUUACUGAGUGACACUGAGUAAUGAGCAGAGAAACAGGAACUGGAACUGCACACACGCAAGUCCCAUCCCUGAAAAGCAAUGUAAACGAUUAAAUUAUAAAACAGACACUUUCGGUUAUUGUGAAAUGUGAAUAAAGUGACUAUUUGCAUUGACA